CGCCACGAAGUCAAACGAUUCUUCAUAGAAAUUUCAUCGUUCAUCAGAAGAUAUCAAAUUCCCAAAAUCAAUUCUUCUCCAGCCCUAGCGUCUUUCAUCGGUUCCUUCAUCAAAUUCCACCGCAUUUUGGGCAUCUUCCGAUCAUGGGGAAUACCGAGAAAUUGUUGAAUCAAAUAAUGGAAUUGAAGUUCACUUCGAAGUCGCUGCAGCGCCAAGCCAGAAAAUGCGAGAAGGAAGAGAAAUCCGAGAAGCUCAAGAUCAAGAAGGCUAUGGAGAAGGGCAACGUUGAUGGAGCUCGAAUUUACGCGGAGAACGCGAUCCGUAAACGAACAGAACAGAUGAACUAUCUCCGUCUUUCUUCGAGGCUCGAUGCUGUUGUGGCUCGGCUCGACACACAAGCCAAGAUGACCACGAUUAACAAGUCCAUGGCAUCGAUCGUCAAGUCCUUGGAAUCUUCUUUGGCUACUGGGAAUUUGCAGAAGAUGUCCGAGACUAUGGACCAGUUUGAGAAGCAGUUUGUGAAUAUGGAGGUCCAGGCAGAGUUCAUGGAAAAUGCAAUGGCUGGAUCGACGUCGCUCUCGACUCCGGAAGGAGAAGUCAACAUCUUGAUGCAGCAGGUCGCGGAUGAUUACGGUCUGGAAGUCUCCGUCGGGCUACCGCAGCCGGCGUCACAUGCAGUGCCAACCAAGGAAACCGAGAAAGUUGACGAGGACGACUUAACGAGGCGCCUUGCAGAGCUUAAGGCCAGAGGCUGACAUAAUGGCAUGAGUAUAACAUCUUAUUACUGUGUGAUGUAUAUCAAAUUUACGCAUUUAGCAAUUAUGAGUUAUUGAGCUUGCUAUGAAUAUUCGAACGAUGUUACUUUUAUGUAUAUUUCAGUGAAUUCGCUUUCAAUGGUAAUUUCUUGUCUGUGCAAUUUCUCUA